GCAAAUUAUAUUUAAUCCCGAGAACUUCAAUUUUCAUGGUACACAUUAACCGUCGAUCAAAUUGCCGUUCAAGCUCACGCUUAAUUUUAAUAAUAUUGGCGCUUGAAUUUCGCGUCGUACUUCGUUUUUGGCAGCGUACUAUCUUCUAGUAGGUUCUUCUACUGAUUACUUAUUAAUCAUAAGUAUUGGCUGUAUAAAAUAUAGCCAAUCAGUUAUAUGCGUCCAAGUACUACUUAGUUAUACAUUUUGUUAUCUUAUUUCGUAACUGCUAUACCUUUUGUAUUCAACGGUUUGAACAAAUUCACAACGUUUUUCGAUCAUGGGAAGAGUAUUGAGGAAGAAAACCAAGAAUAUAGGUUCAGUCCCUACGCAGGUUUUGAAUUCCUCAAAAAAAACACGCAAGUCUAAAACUAAUAUCACUCUUGCCAAAACAAAAAAACUUACAAAGCAUGUUCAAAUCAAUAAUGAAUUGAAUGAAAAUGUUAAUUCUUCAAUUGAGGUGAUAGAAACUGAAGAUAAUUCUUUUCCUCUUAAUGAUAAACUUAAAAAUAUGAAUACUGUCGAUUCCAAAGCAAAAAUGGCAAUUAAUACAAGUAUUGAUGUCAUAGAUAUCACUAAUUCAACUAUUUAUGACAGUAAUUAUGAAAAUUCUAAAAAAAUUAACUUAAAUUUAGAAAAUGAUGGUAUAAUUGAUUUAACUGAUACAACCAUUAUUUCUAAUAAUGUAAAUGAACAUGUAAAUUCUCUUCAAUCUAAGUGCAUGCUUAGUAUUAAUGAUGAUGAUGAUGAUAUUCAAAUUAUUGAACAUAAUCCAAUUGAAAUUAUUAUAUCAGAUGAUAGUGAUGAUGAUGAAAACAUAAUACAUCUUACAUCUGUUAAGAAACCUAUAGGUCUUAAAUCUAUAGAAAAACACCUUAGUAUUCCUAAUAGUUCAAAAGGUAUCAUGAAAAAAAAAUACAAUAGUCCUUUAAGAAAUAGAAAACAUUUAAAAGGUAAAUCGAGUGAUAAUCAUUUACCAAUCAACUUAGGUGCAUUCAUUAUUGAUAAACAAAGAAUCUCAAAUUAUUCAAAAAAAUGUGAUUCAUAUCAAUUUAAAAGUACUGUAAAUGUUCCUUCAAUGCCUCAGUUACAAAAACCUUCACCAGAUACAACUUCUACAGUUGCUAGACAGCUAAGGCCAAUUGUCAUUGAUGGUUUAAAUAUUGGUCAUGCUUAUGGUUCAGGAAUUUUUUCAGUAAAAGGUAUUGAAAUAUGUAUACAAUUUUUUGCUAAUCGUGGACAUAAAGAUAUAUUAGCAUUUCUUCCACAACAUCGACAGGGACCACCAGGGUCUGAAUCAAAUAUCAUUUUAAAUAAGCUAGUUAAAAAAGGACAUAUUUGUUAUACACCUAGCAGAAAAGUUGAAAAUUUAAGGAUGACUUGUUAUGAUGACCGAAUUAUUCUCAACCAUGCUCAUCAAUGUGGUGGAGUAGUUGUUUCAAAUGAUAAUUAUAGAGAUUUAUAUGAAGAAAGCGAAGCUUUUAAAGAAAUCAUUGGAAACCGGCAAGUAAUGGUCACAUUUGCCAGAGGUCAAAUUAUUGUUCCAGAUGAUCAAUACAAUCGAAAAUCAGAUAUUCGUUCUCUUUCAGAUAUUUUGUGUUUUCCAGCAUAAAUUAAAUUAUUUGCUGGAAAAAAGUAAAAUACAGAGUAUUAAAAAAGAAAAAGAAAAUAA